CGUUCCCCGCUUUCCGAUCGGUCUUCUUUAGUGCUGUUCCAUGUGUGAGAGAGUGAAAAACGGCGUCUUUUGUGUCCAAGGGAAAUCGACUUUUUCGUUCGUUCACUUGACUAAAAACGAAGUGACAGGAUAGCAUUGAGAUUUCGAAAACCCUUGUUAGGACUCAAUUGUGAGUGCAAUCAAGUUCCAAUCACCACUCGACCUUCAGAGAUCCAAAUCUUGGCUCUGGCCCUGUUUAUGUGAGAAAAAAAUGGAAUUAGCUCGAGCAAUUAGAAGCAAUUGUACGUCCUCUCCCUCGUAGGGAGAAAUCGGAGCGCCUUGAGAGCUUACACAUUAGUAUAAUUACACCCCUCUGGGCAAGAAGUGGAUUGUUCCCAACUUAGGAGAAGUCUCAUAUUGGGAAUGCAUCAUAAGAGAGAUUGGAACACCAAUGGCAAUCUGGACAUACUACAACUUCUUUAAGGGGGCGUGAAUUGACGGGCCUUGAAUUGUUUUUGUGUCGCCGUUCUGUGUUGAGUGAGGUGAUGUGUUGAGAAACAAGAUAUUUGGACCAAACGUCAGGACUCUCCUUCGUUCAGGAACUUUUGUUAAGCAAGCGAGAAAGAAAGAGACAAAAACAACGAAAGAGUCGGAUAGAUGACUAUCGACUAUUAAGAAUGCAAAUAGGAUUAGCUCCAGAUUCAGAUAUGGUUUGCGAGAGGUUAAUUCAUGGACCACCGUGUUCCCCUCAAGGGUUAUGUGCACCAUCAACCUUUCCAACCCGAGACCCAAUUGGAGUGAGAGCCGAGGGAACCCGACGAAGAAGACGAAGUGGAAUUGGUAGUGGUGGUGAUGCAUAUAGUAAAUUUCCUCGUGGAUCCACUUUGGCCCAUUCUAAGAAACAGACCGUCCGAGGAAGAGAAGGAGACCGUCGCUCAACGGGGCCGAUCGAGGCCACCGAGGUCAUUGGUUCUUGUGUGAAAGUCAAUUCUCACGUAAUUGACCUGGACGCUAAAGAUCACCCGAUGGCUGGAGCUCGGAUCGUACCUCAACAGCCUCUUAAGCACGGCUUUUUGACCACCACCCCGAUGGGAGUGAAUCCGCAGACGAACUCUUUUGAAGGAGGUCCACAAAAUGAAGUUCCAAGGAUGGAACGCGAUAAUCUGUUUUUGGGCGAUUCCAGCCUAGACGACGAGUGCUCCAAAAAGGCCCAACCUUCAAAAUGGGUACACAGAGAAGCAAGGUCACGGAUCUGUGGUCCAUAUGGACCGAAUCAGUCUCAGUGGAAGCAAAUUUGUUGGGUAUUCAUGCUCGUCAACCUCAUCAUCUGCCAAGGUUGUUUGGGACAGUCCCCGAGUCAAAUCAAAGGCCAAACCGAAGAGCCUUUCGCUCCAUCUCUUCUAUCCUCCAUCUUCGCCUCCUCCUCCUCCUCCUCCUCCUCCUCCUCCUCCACAUCAUCUUCCUCGUUGUCGUCGUCAGAAGUUGCUUCUUUAGUUCGUGAGCGACGGAAUUCGCUUUCUUCGGGUGAUAUUCGAUUCAGUUCCGGGCGUCAGGUGUACCAAUCAAAAGUGGGGGAUUCUAUUCAACUGGAUUGUCAAGUGGAUAAUCUAGGUUCAACUGUGAUCACGUGGUACAAGGGUGACCGUAUUCUAUCAGCAGGAAAUCUUAAGAUUCUUGAUGAACCCAGGAUUGACAUCUUGAGUGGGCCCUCAGGGAUCAGCGUGCUCAUUCAAGAUGUCCAGAUGAGUGAUCAAGGCCCUUAUGCCUGCGAGGUGAACCUCAUGGACAAGCCCCUCAGAAUAACGCAUGAGCUCAAGGUCUUAGUUCCCCCGAGUAUCCACGCCAUAUCGGGUAAUGGCCGAAUCACGGCCAGAAAAGGCAGCCGUGUCAGCUUGAAUUGUUCCGCAUCGGGUCAUCCCACACCAAAUAUUCAUUGGGAGAGAGAGCAUCGCAAGUACUUCUCAAGUGGCCGAUUGACCGAACGUGGGGCAACCCUGUCCCUCACCGACAUUGGGCGGAGCGAUGAAGGUACCUACAUCUGUGUGGCCGACAACCAAGUCAGCCAACCCGUGACAGCCCAGAUUCUGCUCAACGUUCUCUAUCCCCCGGAAGUGCACGUGGAAACCCCGUGGGUCCAUUCAGGUCUGGGAGACUCGACCCAGUUGGAAUGUCUGGUUCAGGGGAACCCUCAGCCCGAGGUGAACUGGUACAAAGGCUCGAUGAAACUCAGCGAUGGCGAGCGACAUUCUAUGGUCACUAUUGGGAACCGAUACAUCCUCACCAUCGAUCCCGUGAUCCAAUCCGAUUUUGGCAACUAUUCGUGCAUUUCUGAGAAUGUCCUUGGCAAGUCAAGAGGGACCACCACGCAAGUCACUCUCACGGGAGCCCCCACGAAGCCGACGAUCGUGAGCUUACCAAGUGGACAACAUCGUUACAGCUAUCAUGUUAAAUGGAAGGUGAUUUCGGAGUUCCCAAUACGUCAACAUCGCAUUGAAUACUGGCCUCAUAAAGUCAACCCUUUGGUCGGACGGGGACCGUCUUCGUCUGUGAACUCGAAUUACGGCCAGGAAUCCCCUCUCAACUCUCGUGAACGGAUCUUGAAGCUCAGUGAGAUUGACCACGAUCCCGUGGAAGGAUGGUUUGCUUACAAUAUCAAAGGUCUUCAACCUCAGACCAAGUAUGAGAUCCGAGCUCAAGUACAAAACGAAAUGGGAUGGAGUCCUAAUUCAGAUGCGUUUGAAUUCUCCACAUCUCACAUUGAAAACGUUCCCAAGGAGCUUCAAUCCCGACCAGGGGACGAAUCAAGUCUAAUUGUUCCAGUGGGAAACCAAGCCAAUCCACAGGCGACCCAGUUCCACAUUGCCACUAUAGUAUUAUUAUCCUUUUGGCCUUUGGUGUUUUCUGGGAUUUAAAUCAGAUUGGGAGCCUUCUUUCACUUCCCAAGGCGAGGCUUUGAAAAAAGCCAGAAACAUGUGUUUUAACAACGGGAAAUAGCGCAACCAGUCAGUCCCCAAGAUUUGGCGCCAAGAUUGAUCGAUGUCGAAGGGGGAAAAACGGAUCUGGGGAGAAAAACAUUGAAAGCGUUCUUCCAAAAACCGGGAAUUCGAAUUGAAAUAGGUCGUGGAAAUCAACCUUGACAGAGACAGUCAGUGGAAAGAAUGAGGACUCAGUGGUCUUUGAAGACAGUGAAGUGAGCCCAUUCAUUUACAGUCGCCCUUAGUGCGGUUGUUUUCGCCUGAAUCAAUUUCAAUACGUAAACAAUUUGAGAGCAAUCAGAUGUAUUAUUCUGAAUCAUGAGGUGUUCCUCUUGCUCGGUGUUUUGAUAUCCAUGAUAUGAGACUAUUUACUCUUAACUUGUUGAAUUCCCACACAUACAUGCUUACAUAAAUAAGUAAACAGACCCAAAUGCGAACAAAUGCUCGAGUACACGUUAAAAAAUAUAUAUAGUAACAAGAUAUGUUUUUGAUCUAAAAAUAGCAUUGAAUAAACAAAUAUAUCCUCACCUGUA